AAAAAAAUUACAGAAACUUCAUCUCUGUCCCCAAAAUCUCUCUCAUGGCGUGUUCAGAUCCAAAAAAAUUACAGAAACUUCAUAUCCAAAUAAAUUACCUAUCGCCCCGUCCUCCCUCGCGCCCAAAAUCGAUCCAUUAUUUUCCGAAAUCUGAAACAUACUGCCUGUUAGGAGAGAGAAAAUCGAGAUCCACCGGAUUCUCCACCGAUCGAUGAAGAUCGGACCGGAGACGGCUGCGGCGCUGGUGCCGAGAUGGCGAACCUUCCUCCGUGGUGCUGUCGGAAACCACGACGUCGUCGAUCGGUUUUCUGCAGGGAGAAAACAGCAACGGGGGCAACGAUAGCGUUAAGAACAGCGGUGAUGGCGGGGGCGAUGUGUGUCGGAUCUGCCGAAAUUUCGGCGAAGAGGAUAAUCAGUUGCGAUGUCCAUGUGCGUGCAGCGACAACAUCAAGUUCGUUCACCAGGAUUGCCUCCUGCAGUGGCUUAAUCACAACAACGCCCGCCAAUGCGAGAGUGCAGUGUUGUAUAUUAGAAGUAAGAGGGAAGGAAAGCAUAUUGAAGGAGAUGUUUGUGGUAUUUCACAUGGUUAUGAGCGUGUUUGAAACGUGAAUUUCGGUAUGAUGGAGAGUUUGGAGACUGACAAAGGGCGUUUGGAAUGUUGACAAAGUUUAGUGGUACUAAUUUCUUUCAUAUUUCCUUCUCUUUUGCUCUCCUGUUUCUUUUCUUUUAUGGGUUGUUAACGAGAAUGAAUAAAGGUGCAUAUAAGUUUGUAGAGUGGAACAUUUCAUUGUCUUUGAGCAGUUG